UGGGUGGCACAAAAUGUAAGUGACAUAAAUAGCGCUAUAUAAGCAAGGUAAAUAACUAGAAACACAUUUGCGUAUCUAAUAAGCUUGAGGACGUAAGUGGUAAAUAUUUUCGGCAAAGUCUUACGUAUUUGAAUCACUAUGGCAGAAGGUACUUCUGUUAACAGUGUUGCAUCAAGCAUGUCUAAUAAGCGGCAAGGUUACCUUGAAUGGGAUGAUUACUUCAUGUCAGUGGCUUUCCUCUCUGCUCAACGUAGCAAAGACCCAAGAACUCAGGUAGGAGCUUGUAUUGUUAACGAAGAUAGACGUAUUGUUGGCAUCGGAUAUAACGGUAUGCCUCGUGAUUGUAGUGACGAUGAUUUUCCUUGGUGCAAUGAAGGUGUCACUGAGCUAGAAAACAAAAAUCACUACGUAUGUCAUGCUGAGCUUAAUGCAAUUCUCAAUAAGAAUUCUGCAGACGUUCGCAAUUGCACUAUAUAUGUUGGUUUGUUUCCUUGCAAUGAAUGUACUAAAGUCAUUAUACAGUCUGGAAUUAAAGAAGUCAUAUACUAUUCGGAUAAAUAUAAGGACCAAAUUACCUCUAAAGCUUCUCGAAUUAUGUUGGAUCAUGCUAAAAUAAAACAUCGCCAGUAUCAACCUACAAACGGAAAAAUUGUUAUAGAUUUUACUUCAUUAGAUGAAAUGAAAGACCGGAUUAUAAGUUCAGUUUUGUCCCCCAUUUCUGAAUUUUCACUUUAGUCAGAUGCGAACAUAAACACUUGGAAUUCAUUAUAUUGCCAACAUUGCCUUUUCAUAAUGAUAUCCUGUUAUAUUUUCUAGCUAAAAUUAAUGGAACUGGUGAAGAUUUUCUAAUUUUUAUAUGAAAUAUUAACUGCUGUAUUUUUAACGAAAAUUUUUAUUCCAUUUUGUUUUCGUUUGUGUGUACAUAAAAUUUUAACUGCCUCUUUCUAAGAAAAUGAAACUAUCCACAUUUGCUCCAAUACGCUGUAGCGUAGAUGGGGUGGGGUGUGUGUGCAUUUUGGGCCACACUUUUAAAUUCUUAGAUUAUUCACAUUGUAGUCUUUGUUUAACUUUCAAGUUUAUUUGAAUUUUAUUCUUUAUUUUAAAAAUUAUUCAUUCAAAUCUUGAUAAGCAUGUUAUUGUUUGAAUUUUUCAACCAUAGUUUGAAAUUCCACUAAUUCUCAGAAUUUCCUUAAGAACAUUUUAUUCAUAAUCUAUGUUGUACACACCCCCAAACUGUCAACGUCAGAUGACCCAGAUAAAGCAGAGGAAACAAGCAAUGGAAUUAUUUCUAUUCAUAUCCUAAAAGAUACAGAAUAUCUCUGUCAGUGGUUCACAACUGGGAUUUAUAUGGACCCUGAGGGGGACCAUGUAAGGUUUUGUUGCUAAAAUUUUCAUCUACAUUAAAUUGGUUCUAUUUGUACAAUACACAAAAUAUUUUAGUUUUGUUUUAAUACAAUUCUUCAUAAUAUUAUAAAAGUAUAAUAGGAUUUCUCUAAAUGACGAACGGCUAUGGGUGAUUCACCUGUGUAAAAUGGGAAUGAAAGGGGGCCAUAGGUGAAAAGUGGUUGAGAACCACUUAUCUAUGUAAUUAAAAUCUUAAAGUUUUAACUGUGAGAGCAAAUGAAAUAAUAUCAGGUAUCAUAUAAAAGUGAUAUAUAACAAAUGUCUUAUCCUAUGAAAUAUAAAAAUUAAAAAAAUAUUGUUUGGAAUAUGCAAUCUUUAUAAUGUAGUCAGUUGUUCUGUUGAUUUAUAUUUUUCUAUCUUGAAAUAAAUAUGUUAUCAAUUCUUAA